AUCUCGUUCCGUCGUUUGUCUACCCGCUGCUUUGUAAUUUGCUUGAACACAAACAAAGAGAGAAUUAUCACCAUCUCCACCAGGAGCUUUGCGUUCAGUGUGAUUUGCUCUCCCUCUUCGCUAUAAUCGACCUGUGAAUCGCGAUUCAAAUAUCAAAUCAAGCUAUGGUGAAAGACACCACAUACUACGACGUAUUAGGCGUUAAGGUUGACGCAUCCCCUGCAGAGAUCAAGAAGGCCUACUACGUGAAGGCAAGGGUAGUACAUCCAGAUAAAAAUCCUGGAGAUCCUAAGGCUGCAGAAAAUUUUCAGGUACUUGGUGAGGCUUACCAGGUUUUGAGUGAUCCUGAGAAGCGUGAAGCAUAUGAUAAGAAUGGAAAGGCAGGAGUGCCACAAGAUUGCAUGAUUGAUCCUGCAGCUGUAUUUGGAAUGCUUUUUGGAAGUGAGUAUUUUGAAGAAUAUGUUGGAGAACUUGCACUGGCUUCUCUGGCAUCUAUAGAAGUUGAGGAAGACACACAUGAUCCUGAAACUCGUAGGCAAAUAAUUCAAGAAAAGAUGAAAAAAUGGCAGAAGGAAAGGGAAGAAAAGCUCAUUGCAACUUUGAAAGAUCGCCUGCAACCAUUUGUCGAUGGUCAAGUAGAUGAGUUCACAAAAUGGGCAAAUUCAGAAGCACGCCGUCUUUCUCAAGCUGCUUUUGGCGAGGCCAUGCUGCAUACAAUUGGCUAUAUCUACACACGAAAGGCUGCAAAAGAGCUGGGAAAGGACAUGAGGUAUAUGAAAGUCCCUUUUUUGGCAGAGUGGGUUAGAGGUAAAGGACAUAUGAUAAAGUCACAAGUGAUGGCAGCUUCAGGCGCCGUGUCCUUAAUUCAAAUACAAGAUGAGCUGAAGAAGAAGCUAGAUGAUGGAGAAAACAAAGAAGAAAAUAUACUAAAAGCUAUGGAAGAUAAGAAGGAUGCUAUGAUUAAUUCCCUUUGGCAGAUCAAUGUGGUUGAUAUCGAAACAACUCUGUCACAUGUUUGCCAGGCUGUUCUUAAAGAUCCUAGCGUGUCCAGAGACGUGUUGAAACAACGGGCUAAAGCCUUGAAGAAGUUAGGAGCUGUCUUCCAAGGUGCUAAGGCUCCUUACAGUAGAGAAAACAGUCUCCGCCAUGAAAGUGCCGGAACUGGAGAUGCAGGUUCAUCAUCAUAGUCACUUUGGUGCUUUGUGGAGAUAAUGGGAAUGGUGCUUCAUGUUCAUUGUGUUCAAUAUAGUGUUUUGUGUUGAGUUGAUUUAUUUCUUACGCUAUUAGUAUAUGUGCAUGGCAUGUAAAUUUUUUUCUUUUUUGGGUCAUCACAGUCCUGUAUCAGAGUUUGUUGGAUUUAUUUAGUUCCUGAGCGGUCGCGGGGGAGCCUGGUAUGCGAUUUGACUUGUAGAUUGGACUAGAAUUAAGUGUCGUUUUAUUUUUAGGGUUACACUAGAUGUGGGCCCCGUGCAUUGUAUGAAGCCUAAGGUAAAUAAUAGUGAGACUCUUUUUGAAUAUUUUAUAUAUGUUGGUAUUGAUAUUCUUA